AUGAGUUUACAUAUCACCCGCUUAGCAGUUAUCAUUUCGAGUAUCACUGCAGCAGUCAGUAUCAUUUUCCUCAAUAUUUUUGGUUCGAGAAUAUUUGGUGUGGAUGAUGUUCACGAUUAUCGAAAAGGCAAUCGUGCACGUCAGUUGAGUACAAUCAAAUUUGAAUUUUUUAUAUUUCCGUUUAGUAUUUUCACGUACCUUCGACUUAUUGAAUUUGCGAAGUAUAUCCUAACAUAUAAUAGUAAUGGUUUGAUGACAUAUCGUGCGAGAAAGAUUUUGCAACUGAUAGCUGUUGGUACUACAUUAUGGUUAUUUUUGGGACAUGCAACACUUUUCCUGUAUUUCAUUCCUAACUUAAUUCCGAGUUUCUUCGUUAUUUUGGCCUUUUUAUCGAUAGGCUUAUGGUAUCACAUCGUUAUCCCCUUAGUCGUAUUUGCAGUCCUAGCAGCAGUGAUUUCAGGACUGAAACCAAUCAUGGUCUUCGAAGAUAUCGUAAACGCAUACUGGCUUCUCAAAAAUAACGGUAAAGUCGAUUGUCGGAUCAUAAUCGUACAGUUAGCAGUAACUGCUUGUUACCCAUUUAUCAGUAAAUGCUUCUUCAAGUUUUCUGUUUUGGAGACAUUUUGUUUGAAUAAAAAUGUGCAAACCGCUCUCACAUUGGUGAUCGCCGUAUUUUUAUGCCUUUUUUCAUACAUUUUCUCCGACACACUAAUUAUUAAAAAUGUAUCACUGAAUGUGAAAGAUUUACCGGAUAGUGCGAAUGGCAUUCGAUUUGCCUUCAUAUCGGAUAUCCAUGCAGGUGCAAUGGUAUUCACGGAACAAGUUGAAAAACUUGUGAAUCGAGUGAACAGUGAAGCGGUCGAUGCUGUAUUUAUUGUUGGUGAUGUCGUGGAUGCUCCAAGAGAUUCAAUGGAAUAUCGUGUGAAACCGCUGCAGUUAUUGAAACCGAAAACGUUUUACGUAAGUGGAAAUCAUGAAUAUUAUUAUGGUAAUGCUUCGGAGUGGUUUGAUUUAUUUCAACAGUAUGGAUUUGAAGUCUUGAAUAAUAGGCAUGUGAUUUUUCGUGGUAUCUGUGUGGCUGGUGUGAGUGAUUAUUCGAGUGGACUAAGCGGAUUGCCUGGUCAUAUGUUUCAUCCGGUAGAAGCACUGAAAGGUUGUCCUCAGAAUAGCACAACCAUUAUGCUUUCACAUAAUCCAGCUUCGGCCAAAGAAAUUGCUUUUAAUGAUGCGCAUCUGCGUGUUGACCUCAUUCUAUCAGGGCAUACGCAUGCAGGACAGUUCUAUACGAUUGCGCCGAUUGCUUACUUGAUAAUGUCCUAUUAUUAUGGAUUAUAUCAGAUAUCACCAAAAACGCAACUGUUUGUUACAGCUGGUACAUUUUAUCAGGGAGCACCAAUGAAAAUGGUUUGGACAUCCGAAAUUUGGAUCAUUGAACUUCAUGCUGUUUCUUAA